AUGCCGAACGAAGAGCAAGAGCAGUACCAGGAAGGAGAAGAAAGUGGAGGCGAAAGCAUGGAUUGGCAAUCUGAUGGAGGAGAGGAGGAGGAAAGUGAGGACUCAAGCAGUGACGAAGAAGUCGAGUCACCACCUCGCACCAAAAAGCGUUCCAAGCAUCUACACGACCCAGCAAGUAUCCAUGGCAAAGUGGCUAUGCCGACUGGACAGACUUCCAAGCGCACUCGGACCUCUUCCCCUAUGCCGACUGAGAAGGCCCCAAAGCAGCCCAAAGUUGUAGCAUCGAAGUCUCGGAAGACCCUGCCCAAGAUGAAGAUCGACGUCCCCGUCACUUCUGCUGCUGCUACUUCUGUGACUUCUACGAACCUUUACAAGGGCAAGGAUGAGGAAACUGGAGACGGAGCUACUUCGAAAGCCGCACCGCCGAACGUUAUCGAUCUCCCUGAUGACGAUGAAGAGAUGUCACAGCAGCCUUUGGAACCGAGGAGCAGGACUUCAGGAAGGAAGGCACCAGCUGGCAAGAAACCGCAAACGACAUCAGUACCAGGACCGUCGACCCAGCAAUCCGGAGACAUUCACCGGGCUUCUGUUAUGUUUGUUGAUCUUGCGUCGACUAGGCAUCCUUUAGCGUCUACUGCGCAGGCCUUUGGCUCGACGUUGCAACUCCAUGCCUCGGAUCCUCAAGCUAUCGCGACUGACUCGCCAGCUCUGAUGUUUGCCACCCACCAUGUCCCGGAGGACCCAGCUGCUGCAGCCAGAGAAGCCAUUCGCCAAGCGGGCCUGAUGAUGGAGCAAAUGAAGGUGGUGCGUGAGGCCAGUCAAGCUGCCUAUGACGCCAGUUCUGCUCUUCAGACCAACGUCCAGAGAUCUUGUGAACUCAGUACUCGUUUCGCUGACUUGGAGAAGACACAGAUCCAGCUCAAUCUUGACCUGACGCUGGCUCAAGAGAAUUUGCAGAAGGCUAAGGAUGAAGCAACUGGUAUGGAAGAAAAAAUGAGGCAAGCCCUGGAGCAGAAGGACCGUGACCUUGAAGCAGCACAGAAGGCGGCUCAAGAGAAAACAACGCUUGCCGAGAAGAAGCUGGCUUCAGUCGGUAAGCUGGAGGAAGAAAAUGCCAAAUUGAAAGCUGCUCUUGAUGAGGCCAACAAGGAGUCGACGCGCUUGAAGAAGGACAGGGAAGCCUUGACUGACAAGGCUAGUGACCUCGUGUGGAGGAGGGAUGAAUUGGAAGCUUAUCUGGGAGGUCUUGCCAAAAAGCUGUUCGUUAUGCUUGAAGAAUUCUGCCAGAACUUCGAGGAGGAGACCGGGUGGAUUGAGACAAACUUGGACCCUAUCAACUCCCAAGUGAAACAUGAAGCUGCCAUGAAUCUUAACCAGAUUCCUGGUCGAGUGCAAGAAUGGAAGAAGUCCUCUGCUCGAUGUGGCACUGAUGUGGCUCUGUCCCUUGUUCGAGUCCAUUGCAAAGAAGUCAAAGAGGAGAAGCUCACAGCGAUCAAGGUUGCCAAUACAAAGAGGCUCAACUUUCAAUAUUUUCUGGAAACCUUCAUCGAUGCAGCCACUCGGAUCGCAGAUGGAAUCGACUUGGACGAGUUCGUUGAACCUACCAGCCCUCCUGCCGAGGAGUGA